AAAGAUGGAGAGUACUUACCACUCCACAUCAACAUUUGGUGGUUAAAAUUUUUGUUUUAGUAUUUUGUUGGUGUAUUUACGAUUGAAUUGCUCACAUGUAGAUCAAUUAAUCAAAUCAUGUAAAAUUAUUACGUCUCUUUUGAUAUAUCUGUCUUUGUUAUCUUAUUUUAUCAUUGUCUGACUUUGUUAGCUUCCGUAUGAUACCUGACAACUUCGAUCCUAACAAUAACUACAUGAACAGAAACUUCAUCCUCAUAGACUAUGUUGUUGAGAGUCUUAAAAAUGUUGAGGAGUGCAUCUUGGUUCUUCCAAAAGUAGUGUAUUUUUUGAAAUAGAUCCAACAUCAUUUUUGAAAAGUACGAGCAACAUAUCCCAUAGGUUUAAAUGCAACCCCAAGAGAAUUCAUAGUGCAGCAGAAAAUGGUAAAUCAAAAGGAUAUAACAACACCUAUAACAACAGUACCAACAGGAAAUCCUACCAUAUCAACCCCUGUGCUGAAUCCAACUAUCUCAAAUCCUGAUUCGACAUCCACUGGCCCAACUAAUCCAGUUUCGACACCAGCAAUAACCAAUUCUCCAGUGUCUUCCGGUGAGAGCUGGUGUGUUGCUAGCCGAGCUGCUUCACAAACCUCCCUGCAGGUUGCUUUGGACUAUGCUUGUGGCAAUGGUGGCGCUGAUUGCUCGGCGAUUCAGCCACAUGGCAGCUGCUACAACCCGAACACUCUUCGCGAUCACGCUUCGUAUGCAUUCAACAACUAUUACCAGAAAAACCCAAUUCCAAAUAGCUGCAAUUUUGCGGGCUCUGCUAUUACUACCAACACUAACCCAAGUAGUGGAUCAUGCCAAUAUCCAUCAACAAGCACAAGUGCAUCUAUUUUGAACACAACUAAUGCAGGAAGAUCAAGAACAUUUGGUGCUGGACCAAUCACACCAUCAACCUCAUCAGCAGUAGCAGCAAGUAGCUCUUUAAGUUAUAUAUUCCACAUCUUAACAUACCUUGUGAUACUGCUGGCCUAGCUACAGGCUCUGUUUGACAGAGGCGGAUUCAGGAUUUGAAGUUUAUGGAUUCUAUAGUGAUAUCGAGUAAAUAUGCAAUAUAGUAACUAAGCUCACUAUCAAAUAUUUAUCGUUACAUAUGUAGAGUUUGGACAAAAAUUACUAGGUUCACACGUAAACCUAUAUGUUACAUGCUA